AUGCCCUUAUUAGAUCCAGCCACGCCCACCAAGACUAAGCGUGUGGAUAGCGAGUCGGAUGAUGGAGCGGACCCUGAGCUGGUUGAGCUUCUUCGCCAACACCUUGGUCUAAGUGGCAAGCAGGGGAAAAACAGUCCACCAGAGACCAAAGUCUUGGAGAAUGCCCAGUACAUCUUUGACAAUGCUAUUGACGUGGCGCUGAAUCCGGCCCAGACCAAGGAGGCUGCAGAGACAAUAUGGCAAAUGAUGCAAAAGAAAUCAUAUUCUACUCAGACGUGGUCGGACCAUGAGCUUCACCCACAGACCAAGGAUGAGAACACAGUGGAUUUCAUCUUCCUUAUGGAUCUGCUCAAUUUCAGUUUCUGGUCAGAGGAGACGGACGAGUCGAAGCGCUUCUGCAUCGAGUACAGGGGGAGACGGUGGACGGGAUACUGGAGUUUGGUCGCCGCGAUACAAAGGGCCCUGGACGAAGGCAUUCCAAUUACCUCGCCAGACUACUGGGUCGACGAGGGAGAGUGUACCGAGGAGCAGCUGCGAUAUGUCUUCCGUUCUGCAACAGACGAAGAGAUUCCCCUGUUUGAGGAGCGGGUGCGAUGCAUGCGCGAAGCGGGCGAGGUUCUUUGUGAUGAAUUUGGAGGCAGCUUUGCCAACUGUAUCGACGACGCCAAUCAGUCUGCCGCUGCGUUGGUGAACUUGGUCACCGACCGGUUCGAUUGCUUCCGUGACGAGACCGUCUUCAAUGGCAAAAGAGUCCGACUAUAUAAGCGGGCUCAGAUCCUGGUCGCGGAUCUUUGGGCUUGCUUCAACGGUGAAGACUUUGGCGAGUUUCAUGACAUUGAUAAGAUCACCAUGUUUGCAGACUAUCGUAUCCCUCAAAUGCUGCAUCAAUUGGGCUGCAUGCGCUACUCGCCCUCUUUGGAAUCUCACAUUCGCAGCCUGAAACCCAUCGCUCCCGGUUCACAGUGGGAAGUUGAGCUCCGCGGCACGAGUAUCUGGUGUGUGGAGCUGAUCAGGCGAGAAAUUGAAAAACGGCAUCCAGAAGUGAAGGCUGCUGGCACAAAAGGCAUUACUACUUCCCAUGACGGAAGUAUCGACCAACAACCGAAGACGCACAGAGUCAACGCGAUUUUGAUCGAUUUCUUUUUGUACGAUACCAUGAAGACAUUGGAGAAGGAGAAGAACGAGAGUAUCCCUCACCACCGAACUCGAAGCAUCUGGUACUGA